UGUAUGAGCAGUAUCCAUUUGCUGAUAGAAACAACAUGAAGUUCGUUUGCUCCUUGAUCGUCGUGCUCGUCUUCGUGGCUGUGGGAUCUGAGGCUCAGGAGAACUGCGCCUGCACGUUCGAACAUAGACCUGUCUGCGGCUCAGACGGAAUCACCUAUCCGAACAAGUGCACUUUGGGAUGCAGACAGAGGGAGGACAGAUCCGUGAGGGAAGCGCAUCAAGGUCCUUGCGGUGUCCAGAAUGUCAGAGGAAGGAGGGAUCUCUGUUCCUGUCCGGACAAUCAUUUCCCGGUUUGCGGAUCGAACGGACAAACGUACGCGAACCAUUGCGAACUGAAGUGCGAGACGGCCAAAUACGCGGACUUGAAGAUCGAAUGCCACGGAAGAUGUCCGUGCACUGCUUAAAUUCAACUUCUUAAACCGAAGACGCGUGGAAAACUUUCUAGUUCGCAGAAUAUAUUUUUUUGUUUGAUAUUUCUAUAAACCUAAUACAACGAGUUUAAAACAA